CACACCUUAAACAAAAUAUAAAAGUAAAGGCGGUGAAACAGCUUCAUUUGUUAUCGGAGCUACAAUCUGCAAACAAUGCACGGAGUACUUCUUACCGCAGGUCUAUGCCUGCUUUUGGCUACUACAGCCUCUUCCACUAGGAUGGUCUGUGUCUAUGACAGAGUGGCAUCCACCAGAGACGCCUUUGGCCAGUUCACCCCGGCUAUGAUUGAUCCAACUCUCUGCACUCACAUCAUCUUUUCUUCUGCAAACAUUGUGACACAAGAAGUUGUACCUUUUGACUCCAACGACAUGACUCUCUACGCACAACUGAACAGCCUGAAAAACAGCAAUCCACAGCUUAAAACUCUGCUGUCUGUAGGCGGCCCAGGCUUCAACAAUCAAGGGUUUUCUGCGGCAGUCUCAUCAUCCAAUAAUAGAAACAGAUUUAUCACUUCAGCCAAGGCUCUAAUUAAAGACAAUGGGUUUGAUGGGAUUAAUCUGGAUUGGCGUUAUCCCGGAGGUGCAGGUAGCCAGCCAAUGGACCCAACCAGAUUCCUAAGUCUUUGUCAGGAGCUCAGAGCUGAAUUUGAUAAAGAGGUUCCAGCUCUGCUCGUCUCUGCCAGUGUGUCUGCAGUAAGAGCAACGAUUGACAGCAGUUAUCCCGACCCCAGUGCUUUUGCUUCUGCAAUGGAUUUCAUCAAUGUUUUAACGUUCAACUUUCAUGAUCCAUCAGAAUCAUUUACAGCACAUCACAGUCCUUUGGGGGCAUUAUCCUCAAACCCUUCAGAUACUCUGACCACGGAAUUUGCAAUGAACUACUGGAACACGACUCUUGGUGUCCGAGCAGAUAAACUAAACGUGGGAUUUGCUGCUUUUGGAGUCGCCUUCAGACUGGCUAGGGCUGAUACUAAUGGAAUCGGUGCACGUACCAGCACUUUGGCUCCAGAAGAGGGAUGCUACACGGGUCAGCCGGGUGUUUGGUCAUAUUAUGAGACUUGCAUCUACAUUGUGGGUGGUGAUACACGCCGGAUUCCGAGUCAGAGUAUUCCUUAUACGGUCACAGAAGGUCAUUGGGUUGGAUAUGACGAUCGUGUCAGUAUUAACUUUAAGACUGCACACAUUGCCACUAGAGGCUAUGGAGGAGCGUUUUUGUGGGCUCUGGACCUGGAUGACUACAAUGGAGGUUUUUGCAACAAUGGCACUUUCCCCUUCACAAGACACCUGAAAAGCAGCCUUUCAGUUGCUGCUCCCACCACCACCACGGCCGCUCCCACCACCACCACGGCCGCUCCCACCACCACCACGGCCGCUCCCACCACCACCACGGCCGCUCCCACCACCACCACGGCCGCUCCCACCACCACCACGGCCGCUCCCACCACCACCACCACAACGGCCGCUCCCACCACCACCACGGCCGCUCCCACCACCACGGCCGCUCCCACCACCACCACCACCGUCGCUCCCACCACCACCACGGCCGCUCCCACCACCACCACGGCCGCUCCCACCACCACCACGGUCGCUCCCACCACCACCACCGUCGCUCCCACCACCACCACGGCCGCUCCCACCACCACCACCGUCGCUCCCACCACCACCACGGCCGCUCCCACCACCACCACGGCCGCUCCCACCACCACCACCGUCGCUCCCACCACCACCACCGUCGCUCCCACCACCACCACGGCCGCUCCCACCACCACCACGGCCGCUCCCACCACCACCACCACGGCCGCUCCCACCACCACCACCGUCGCUCCCACCACCACCACUGUCACUCCCACCACCACCACGGCCGCUCCCACCACCACCACUGUCGCUCCCACCACCACCACCACGGCCGCUCCCACCACCACCACCACCACCGUCGCUCCCACCACCACUGUCACUCCCACCACCACCACUACCACGACCACCACAACUACCACUACCAGAUCCUCCGGCAACAGUUCAGGGAACUUCUGCGAUGGCAGAAGUGGGAUCCACGCCAACCCAGAGGACAAUACCACCUUUUAUAACUGUGAUUUCGGCAGAGGCACUCUGCUGAGAUGUCCUGCAGGUCUGGUCUUUUCCACAGCCUGCAACUGCUGUGACAGACCCUAACGCAAUCCAAUGGAAAUAUACUGGUCACAUUUAAACAGUGAAUUUAUCUCACGUUAAGUGUGUCGGGAUUGUUUUGUUUCCAGUUUAUUAGUUAUAAUUUAUAAUAUAAUUUCUAUAUCCAAUCACAAAAUGUUUUAAAAUGACAUCAGUGCAAUGUAUGUGUAAUCCCUCAGUCGUCCAGGUCUGAGCCAGAGCAAAAGACGAAGGUUAAAUCUGUCAACUGGACAAAGAGUUGUAGGAGUGGAAACAUCCAAAGGGAUCCAAGCGGCUUCUUCAGUUCUGCUCAGAUAGCUGGUGUCCACUGUCUUUACUCCUACAAAUUUUUGUCCAGUUGACAGAUUUAAACUACAUUUUUUGCUCUAUAUCAAUGCAAUAUAUAUAUUUUAUUAAGUUGAAAUAAAAUUAUGCUAAAUCAAAAUGUUGCAUCCUACAUUAUUAGACCACAAACUUUUUAAAGCUUAUUACAAUACUAAUGAUAUACAGAUAUUAUAAUAGGUGAAAUAUUUUGAAGACAACAGUCCAACAGAGCAGAGGACACAGACUUCUUGGAGUCCCUGGGAGACUAGACAGUGCACUGACCGGGGACCGCUGUUCUACUGGGGGACCUCAACACCCACGUGGGAGAUGCCAGUGACAGCUGGAGAGGGGUGAUCAGGAGGAACAACCUUCCUGAUCUCCACCAGGACACUCUAUGGUCAGUGCAUGUGGCACCAGGACACUCCAGGACUGGACAAAGAGUUGUAGGAGUGAAAACAUUCAUUGCUCAUCCAAGCUGCUUCUUCAGUUCUGGUCAGAUAAAUGGUGGCAGUGUCCACUGUCCUCACUCCCACAACUGUUUGUCCAGUUGACAGAUUUAAACUUCGUCUUUUGCUAUAUAUCAGUGCAAUUUAUAUUUUAUGAAGUUGAAAUAAAAUUACACUAAAUCAAAAUGAUUGACUCAAUGUUUCCUCCUGUGUACCCUCCACCUGCGGGAGGAGCCAUGAGGGGCUGGUGUAGAGAGAUCCGGGCGGCAGUCGAAGGCGCGGACCUCGGUGAUCAGAUCUCCAAACAUGGUGUAACCCAGGUUGAAAUUCUGUCUUAUUAAAAAGUUUUAUCAAACUCCUGCUUUGACCUGCCGUUAAAUCUUGUUUAUAUAAAGGCUGCAUUUAUAUAUUUAUUUCUGCCCUCCGUGUCCCAUACGUGCCUUACGUAACCGCACCCCUAAUCACGUGACCCGAGUCCGCCAAUCACAGCACACAGAGCACCUUUUCAAUCUGUGCCGGCAGCUUCCCAGUCAGAGCUGUGGGGGAAGCUACCGAGGCAGCUGUGAAAAGAGCUAACCUCCGGUCCGUGGGGAGUCCGUUUGCCGCCAUCAUGCGAUGUUAAACUGAGGAAUUGGCCAGGUGUUCUUGAUUAGGAUGGCGAGCUAAGACCGGAACCUACAUCUUCAUCAUCUCACCCUACGGGUCUGGUAGGAGGCUGACACAGCCUGCCCCCCCCC